UUGUUGAGCCGAUGAGCGCCCUCUGGUGGAAUAUUGAAGGAUUGUUUGUGUGGCAGUUCUGAUGUUUUCCUCUAGUUACGUGAUGUAAGGAAGUACAGGACAAAUAGAAAAUAAUAUGCCUGUGAGUUUGAUGUAAUGACAAAACAUGGUUUCACAUUAUUUUUAUUUUUAUCGGCCGUCGUCAUCGCUACAUUUAAGGACGAACAAGGAUUCUGUGAGAAUGGAAGUUGUAACGAAAGAGAGUUCGAUAAGAGUCACUUUUAUAGCAAUGUGAAACACUGUGGAGAAAUACCACUGGCUUUAUCACAUAAACUACUAGAAGCUCUCCCUCUUGAUGAGGUUGAUGGUAAUUGUAUUCGUACUGUGAAGAGAUGUGUGUUUUCAGAGUCUCAGCCCUCUCCUCUGAAAGAGCCCCUGACACUGGCUGCUGUGGCACAGGAUGUGUUAUAUAUUUUGGAUCUGAAUGAGUCUGUGAUUCAGAAUGAAGAGUUUGUCCGUUGUGUCAGCGGUGGGAAACUGUUUCCUGGCUCUGUUCCACUGGCACACAGAUACGGGGGCCAUCAGUUUGGUUAUUGGGCCGGACAGCUGGGGGAUGGAAGAGCACAUUUGCUGGGUGAAUACACAAACAGAAAAGGUGAAAGAUGGGAACUCCAGUUGAAAGGCUCAGGAAAGACACCAUACUCAAGGGCUGGUGAUGGACGGGCUGUGAUUCGCUCCUCUGUGAGGGAGUUCCUGUGCAGUGAAGCCAUGCACUUUCUGGGAGUUCCUACCAGCAGAGCCCUCAGUCUGGUUGUGAGUGAGGAACCUGUUUGGAGGGAUCCGUUUUAUAAUGGCAGUGUCAUAAAAGAAAGAGGAGCGGUUGUUCUGCGUCUGGCCAAGUCCUGGUUUCGUAUCGGUUCACUGGAGAUAUUAACUAGAACUGGAGAGUUAGAUGUCCUACGGACAUUGUUGGACUUUGUAAUUAAAGAGCAUUUUAAAUCUAUAGCAACAAAUGACCCUGACAAGUAUGUGGUGUUUUUCUCCAGAGUGGUGAAUGAAACCGCACAUUUAAUCGCCCACUGGAUGUCGGUUGGUUUUGCUCAUGGUUAGUUCACUCUGCUUUACUUGUUUAUAGUCUGCAACACAGAUAACUUCAGUCUGCUUUCUAUCACUUUUGAUUAUGGCCCAUUCGGAUUUAUGGAAUCAUAUGAGCCAAAUUUUGUCCCCAACACGUCUGAUGACGAGGGCCGGUACAGUAUAGGAGCUCAGGCUGAUGUUGGCCUGUUCAAUCUACAGAAACUUCUAGAAGCUCUGAGACCACUGCUGACCUCGGAUCAGCUUUCACAAUCUCAGCAAAUAUUGAGAGAAUAUCCACAAAUCUACCAUCAAAGAUUUCAGGAGCUGUUCAAAGCAAAGUUGGGCUUUCUGGGAAAUGAAGAAAAGGAUUCAUAUGUGAUUGCAUUUCUUUUAACGCUGAUGGAGGACACUGGAGCAGACUUCACUAUGACUUUCAGACAGCUGAGUGAAGUGACCCUGUCCCAGCUUCAGAAGGGAUCCAUUGAUCCGUCAUUGUGGGCUCUUUCAGACCUCUCAUCACACAAGCAUUUCAGAGACUGGGUUCAGCUGUAUUUACAGCGUCUGUCAAGGCUAAUAAGUGACUCAGAUGCAGCACGGCAGCACAGAAUGCAAGGAGUAAACCCACGGUAUGUGUUGAGGAACUGGAUGGCUGAAUCUGCUAUCAGAAAAGCAGAGAAAAAUUACUUUUCAGAGGUGGCGCUGUUGCAGAAGACUUUAAUGGAGCCGUUUAUGCAGCAAGAAGAGGCUGAGAGAGCCGGAUAUGCCAGUAAACCUCCAUCCUGGGCUCAGCAGCUGAGGGUCAGCUGUUCCUCCUAACUCAGGGUCGAAUGAAAAAAAAAAUCACAAAUUUCAACAUCAUUUGAACCAAAAAUAUUGUUUAUGACAUUGUAAUCACACUUCCUAAUGGAUGAUUUGAUUGGAGGAUGAUUCAUGUUCGACGUUAUAUAUGUACAUAUAUGCCCGUUAUAUAUGGACAAUGGACAUGGAUGUCUUUUGUAAUAUUGCUGUUUCUGCAUUUCUACAAAAGUGCAAAAAACUUUGCA